AUGUUGUCGGAGUGAGAGGAAGGGGGAGCGGCAGGCAGGCAGGCAGGCAGGCGGGCGGGCGAGCGGGCAGGCGAGCGAGCGGGCGGGCGGGCAGGCAGGCAGGCAGUAGGCCGGCGGAGAGCGAGAGGAGAGGCCCGGGGAGGGGGCCGCUGCAUCCGUCGCCAUCGCGCCGCCCCGCCCGUAUUGGUGGAAUGAGCGUUGCGUGUGUUUUGAAGAGAAAAGCAGUGCUCUGGCAGGACUCCUUCAGCCCUCACCUGAAACACCAUAGUCAAGAAGCAACUAAUCCCAACAUGCCUGUUGUUUUGACAUCUGGAACAGGGUCCCAGGCUCAGCAACAGCCAGUUGCAAACCAGGUCCUUGCGGCAGGGACCCACUCUAGCCCUGUCCCUGGAUCCAUAGGGGUCGCAGGCCGCUCCCAGGACGAUGCCAUGGUGGAUUACUUCUUUCAGAGGCAGCAUGGAGAGCAGCUUGGGGGAGGCGGAAGUGGUGGAGGCAGCUAUAAUAACAGCAAGCAUCGGUGGCCGACCGGGGAUAACAUUCACGCUGAACAUCAGGUUCGAUCUAUGGAUGAAUUAAAUCAUGAUUUUCAAGCACUUGCUCUGGAAGGAAGGGCUAUGGGAGAACAGCUAUUGCCAGGGAAGAAAUUUUGGGAGUCGGAUGAUUCAACCAAAGAUGGACCAAAAGGAAUAUUUUUGGGCGAUCAGUGGAGAGACAGUGCGUGGGGCACAUCAGAUCAUUCUGUUUCCCAACCAAUCAUGGUUCAGAGAAGACCUGGCCAGGGUUUCCAUGUGAACAGUGAGGUUAACUCAGUGCUGUCGCCACGAUCAGAAAGCGGUGGGCUUGGAGUCAGCAUGGUGGAGUAUGUGCUGAGCUCAUCCCCUGGGGAUUCUUGCCUCAGAAAAGGAGGAUUUGGGCCAAGGGAUGCGGAAAACGAUGACGGCGAUAAAGGCGAUAAGAAAAACAAGGGCACUUUCGAUGGCGAUAAAUUAGGUGAUUUGAAGGAAGAGGUAGACGUAAUGGACAAGGCCAAUGGUUUACCUGUACAAAAUGGCAUCGAUGCGGACACAAAAGAUUUUAGCCGGACUCCUGGCAAUUGCCCGAACUCUGCAAACGACGUGGACCUUUUGGGGCCAAACCAGAAUGGGUCCGAGGGCUUGGCGCAGCUGGCGAGUACUAACGGAGCAAAGCCCGUGGAGGAUUUCUCAAACAUCGAGUCCCAGAGCGUCCCGCUGGAUCCCAUGGAGCAUGUCGGAAUGGAGCCGCUCCAGUUUGAUUACUCUGGCACUCAGGUGCCCGUGGACUCGGCGGCAGCAACCGUGGGCCUGUUUGACUACAAUUCUCAACAACAGUUGUUCCAAAGACCAAAUGCACUUGCUGUUCAGCAGCUGACAGCAGCCCAGCAACAGCAAUAUGCAUUGGCAGCUGCUCAUCAGCCACACAUAGGUAUGUUUUCAGCAGGUUUAGCUCCUGCUGCCUUUGUGCCCAACCCGUACAUCAUCAGCGCCGCUCCGCCGGGAACGGACCCCUAUGCGGCUGGGCUCGCGGCGGCUGCAACAUUAGGGCCUGCAGUUGUCCCCCAUCAGUACUACGGAGUGGCUCCCUGGGGAGUCUAUCCUGCCAGUCUCUUCCAACAGCAAGCCGCCGCUGCCGCCGCUGCCUCCAAUUCCUCCAAUCAGCAGACCAGUCAACAGACUCAGCAAGGACAGCAACAGGUUCUCCGCGGAGGAGCCAAUCAGCGUCCUUUGACACCAAAUCAGAGCCAGCAGGGCCAGCAGACCGAUCCCUUGGUGGCUGCCGCAGCGGUCAAUUCCGCUCUUGCUUUUGGACAAGGGCUGGCCGCUGGGAUGCCAGGUUAUCCCGUGCUGGCGCCGGCAGCGUACUACGACCAAACAGGUGCUCUUGUGGUGAAUACCGGGGCCAGGAACGGCCUGGGAGCCCCCGUGCGGCUGGUGGCCCCUGCGCCCGUCAUCAUCAGUUCCUCAGCAGCACAAGCAGCAGUGGCAGCAGCAGCUGCUUCCGCAAAUGGGGCUGCGGGUGGUCUUGCCGGGACAACCAACGGCCCCUUUCGCCCCCUCGGGACUCAGCAGCCGCAGCCCCAGCAGCAGCCCACCAGCAACUUGGCUUCCAGCUCCUUCUACGGCAACAACUCCAUAACUAACAAUUCCCAGAGCAGCUCACUCUUUUCUCAGGGCUCUGCCCAGCCUGCCAACACUUCCCUUGGCUUUGGGAGCAGCAGUUCCCUUGGUGCUACCCUGGGGUCUGCACUGGGAGGCUUUGGAACCGCAGUUGCAAACUCUAACACAGGCAGCGGCUCUCGCCGAGACUCCCUCACAAGCAAUAGCGACCUGUACAAGAGGACCUCUAGCAACUUGACUCCUAUCGGACACAGUUUUUACAACGGCCUUGGGUUCUCCUCCUCCCCGGGGCCUGUGGGCAUGCCUUUGCCUAGUCAGGGACCCGGCCAUUCCCAGACUCCGCCACCAUCCUUGUCUUCUCAUGGAUCAUCUUCGAGCUUAAAUCUUGGAGGUCUGACGAAUGGAAGUGGCCGGUACAUCUCUGCGGCUCCUGGAGCGGAAGCCAAGUACCGCAGCGCCAGCAGCGCCUCCAGCCUCUUCAGCCCCAGCAGCACGUUGUUUCCUUCCUCGCGCUUACGCUACGGCAUGUCCGACGUCAUGCCCUCCGGCCGCAGCCGGCUGCUCGAGGACUUUCGGAAUAACCGGUAUCCCAACCUACAGCUGAGAGAAAUCGCCGGGCAUAUCAUGGAGUUCUCCCAGGACCAACAUGGAUCUAGGUUCAUCCAACUUAAACUGGAGCGCGCCACCCCAGCUGAGCGUCAGCUUGUCUUCAACGAAAUCCUACAGGCAGCUUAUCAGCUGAUGGUUGAUGUGUUCGGAAACUACGUCAUCCAAAAGUUUUUUGAGUUUGGUAGCCUGGAACAGAAGCUGGCCUUGGCAGAGCGUAUCCGUGGCCACGUCCUCUCCUUGGCUUUGCAGAUGUACGGCUGCAGAGUUAUACAGAAGGCCCUUGAGUUUAUCCCUCCAGACCAGCAGGUAAUUAAUGAGAUGGUCCGGGAACUGGACGGCCACGUGCUGAAGUGUGUGAAGGACCAGAAUGGGAACCACGUUGUGCAGAAGUGCAUUGAGUGUGUGCAGCCCCAGUCGUUGCAGUUUAUCAUCGAUGCGUUUAAAGGGCAGGUGUUUGCCUUGUCGACUCACCCGUACGGCUGCCGCGUCAUUCAGAGGAUCCUGGAGCAUUGCCUUCCCGAGCAGACUCUGCCCAUCCUGGAGGAGCUUCACCAACACACAGAGCAGCUCGUGCAGGAUCAGUACGGGAACUAUGUCAUCCAGCAUGUGCUUGAACAUGGGCGGCCUGAAGAUAAGAGCAAGAUUGUGGCAGAAAUUAGAGGCAACGUACUCGUACUCAGUCAGCAUAAAUUUGCCAGCAAUGUUGUGGAGAAAUGUGUGACCCACGCUUCCCGCACUGAGCGCGCCAUGCUCAUCGACGAGGUGUGUACUAUGAACGACGGCCCUCACAGUGCCUUAUACACCAUGAUGAAAGACCAGUACGCCAACUACGUGGUGCAGAAAAUGAUUGAUGUGGCCGAGCCGGCGCAAAGGAAGAUCGUCAUGCAUAAGAUCCGGCCACACAUUGCCACUCUCCGCAAGUACACCUACGGGAAGCACAUCCUGGCCAAGCUAGAGAAGUAUUACAUGAAAAACGGGGUCGACCUGGGGCCCAUCUGCGGACCACCCAACGGUAUCAUUUGAAGCCACGCGCGACGUACAGAAAAGAAUCGCCAGCGACCACCUGGAAUUGACAACCAGCAACCUGUCAUCUUCCGCGACACAUUUCGAAAGCGUUCACGGUUGCGCAACGUAGACCCGGAACUACCAAAAGAGAAAGGAAGUCAAAAAAGACCAUUUGUAAAGUUCUUUUAAUUUUAUUCAGUAUGACAUGUACUAAUUAUUUUUAAAUCCUUACUGGCCCUGCUGUUUUCAGUGGUGUAUAGAAUUCUUGUACAUAGGCAACACAGGUGUGUACAUGGAAAAGCCACACUUUUGUCCACUGGUGUAACUAUUUCAGAUACUUUCAAGGUGGCUCGUUUGAGAGUUUUAAAAAAACAAAAACAAACCGAUCUUAAACUAACUUCUCUCUGCCUUCAAGGAGGAGAGCUUUUUGGAAACACGCGUUUUGUUCUCUUUUAACCAGACGCUCAAAAGAGACGCUUAAAAAUUGGACACUGUUUGUAAACUUUGAAGAAGAAAACCCAAUUUGCUAAAGCUUCAAUUAAAAGUGAGUUUUUAAGUUUCAGAAACUUUUACAAUUCCUUUUUCCUUGUAUACGGUGGGAGAGAACGGGGCGUCGCAAGCAGUCCUCCUGCACCGCACACCGGGAGUUGUGAGGAGUUGUGAGGAGUUGUGAGGGAGGAAGGUGUGCGGUCGCUGCUGCUGCUGCCGCCGGCUCCAGUUCUGCUAACAAGGAGGCAUUUUUUAAUUAUUAUUUAGCAUGUAGAGAGAGGAAAAAACCCAAUUAACUUUGGUCUUGCUUCUAUAAAUAUAUAGUGUAUACUUGGUGUAGACUUUGCAUAUAUAAAAGAAAUUUGUAGUAUUCUCUUGUUUUGAUGUCUAAUCUGUAUCUAUAAUGUACCCUAGUAGUGGAACAUACUUUUGAUUGUACAAUUGUACAUUUGUAAACCUCUGUAAUGUAAAUGUGGAAAAGUUUGAAUCAGCAUAAACCCAUUUUUGGUAAGGAAAUAAAUUUAGGCAACCCUGUGCAUUUCAGUGUAUAUUCACCCCCCUUUUAUGGUCGUAGUGUUGUAUAUUGUAAAUUGUAAUUUCAACCAGAAGUAAUUUCUUUUUUUUCACUCCCUUUGGGAGGAACUGUUCUCUUUAUACAGCCUGAUUGAUGUUUCAAAGAAUGCUUGUUUUUUUAAUUUGUCACCUAGUCGAGAGAGUAGCGAUCCUUUCUAAGUGUUCUACACAAAUUACUAUUCGGUUCGAUGACAAUAGUGUUUUAUUUGACUCUUUUAAAAAAUGAAAAAGAAAAGUAAUGUUUUACUUACUUACUUUGUGGCAGUAAAAAAAAACCAGAAGUGGAGAAAAGUCCAUCUCCUCCCCCGAGUAUUCCUUUCCGAUCAGAGUCCCUCUUCCACCUUGUAAAGUGUGAAUCACUUUGCCUUUUUGUACAGAAGAAAAAACUGUAUUUUGCAUUUUGUCUACUUGUAAGUGAAUGUAACAUACUGUCAAUUUUCCUUGUUUGAAUAUAGAAUUGUAACACGACACGGUGUACAUUUACAGAGCCUUGUGUAUAUUUCCAAUGAACCUUUUUGCAAGCACACUUGUAACCAUAUGUGUAUAAUUAACAAACCUGUGUAUGCUUAUGCCUGGGCAACUAUUUUUUGUAACUCUUGUGUAGAUUGUCUCUAAACAACGUGUGAUCUUUAUUUUGAAAAUACAGAACUUUGGAAUCUG